GAGAAAGCUGGGACCCACAACACUGUACCCCACCCGCGUCUUCUUUUCGCUUCUCCACUGGCCCGCUAAAGGGUCCCAGUUCCCACACCGUCUUCCUCCCUUGAUGGAGCCAAAACUGGAACACAGGUACUACCAGUCUAUCUGAUGUUCUGAAGUUAUAUAAUCUCUCUGCCCACCAAAUCCAAAGCACAUCAUAAGAUGGAGGGAACUACUUCCGCGACGGGGCAGGGACGGGUGGUCGGGGACUACAUUCUGGGGCCGAAGAUCGGGUCCGGGUCGUUCGCGGUGGUGUGGCAGGCUCGCCACCGGCAGCACGGCCUGGAGGUGGCCGUGAAGGAGAUCGACAAAAGCCAGCUCAACCCCAAGAUCCGCGACGGCCUCCUCAAAGAGAUUUCCAUCCUCCGCCAGGUCUCCCACCCCAACAUCGUUUGCCUCCACCAAGCCAUCCAGACGGAGGAUAAGAUAUUUCUCGUGUUGGAGUACUGCACGGGGGGUGAUCUUGCAGCGUAUAUACAGCGGCGGGGGAGGGUCUCGGAGGCGGUGGCGAGGCACUUUAUGAGGCAGCUGGCUUCGGGGUUGCAAGUUCUUUGGAAGAACAAUCUCAUCCACAGGGACCUUAAGCCACAGAACCUUCUACUGUCAAGUACUGAUGAAACCCCUGUGUUGAAGAUUGGGGAUUUUGGGUUUGCAAGGUAUCUGACGCCUCAAGGGUUAGCUGACACACUUUGUGGUUCCCCCUUAUACAUGGCUCCAGAGAUUAUACAGGAUAGAAAAUAUGAUGCCAAGGCUGACUUAUGGAGUGUUGGAGCAAUUCUAUUCCAGUUGGUCACAGGGAAGCUGCCUUUUGAUGGAAAUACUCAUUUUCAGCUUUUCCAGAACAUAUUGGCAACUAAUGAACUGCAAUUUCCAGAAGAUGUUUUAGUGAACCUGCAUCCUGAUUGUAUUGAUCUCUGUAGAAGUCUUCUACGUCGAAACCCAGUGGAAAGACUAGCAUUUGAAGAUUUCUUUAACCACAAGUUCAUGGCACCAAGGAUAAGUGGAACUGCUAUAGAGUCACAAAAUACUGCAGAUGUUAACUUAGGGGAUAGUGAUCCAUCAAAUUCUUCAAAUGUCCAUGCCAUGAAGACUGGAAGCGUGGACCAAGGGCUUUCAUUUACAAAUACUUCAAAAGGUGAGGUUUCAAGCUUGCUCGGAGGUUGUUUAUUGCUGACUGGUCUAAUCUCAAGUAAUUGUUCAGUCACCGACUCGUUCGACUCUAUUGAACAAGAAUAUGUUCUUGUUCAAGCUCAUUUUACUUCUAUGGAGGCCUUACUUUCUUCACUUGAGACAUCCUUGCAAGAUAAUUCAACAACUAGACCUCCUAGUUACAGACCAAAGACGACCGGCAGGGGUACUACUGGCCUGAUGCAAACUGGAGAGCUAGUCAUUAGUUCUAUUUCUGGUGUGGGGAGUAUGGGGAGUGAUGUUUCUGCUCCGUUUUCAGCAUCACAGGCAUCCACUGCAUCAGAAGAUGUGCAGGAUUCGUCAUCAUUGCAUCCUUCCGCUAGGCUUCAGCUUCUAAGUCAGUAUGUAAAUGCCCUCACAGAAUUAGCACAAGAAAAGCUUCAUGCAGGAUUGCAUCUGGAAUCAUUUUCACUUGAACUUGUAACUUUAGCUGUAUGGAAGGAAGUCCUACACAUAUGUAGUUCAUGGAUGGCCUCCACAGCUGAGGCAGAUGUUCUGAAUACUUCUUCUGCUAAUGAGAAUCCAUCCUAUCAAAAAGAGAUCAUGUCUCUGAACAUAGCAGAGGGAGUGGAUUUCAUGAAGCCAUCAUCUGUUUGCUCUUGGGCACAGAAGGGGUUUGUUGUUGCAUGUGAUCGAGCUGAAAAGAUUUCUAAUAGUUUGCGGGACAUAGGUGAUGUGGAGAUGCCAGAUCCGAUGGAGAUUAUAUUUCAAACAGCUUUAGCAGCUGGAAAAAGUGGUGCUGUGGAUGAAGUUAUGAGAGACUGGAGGAGAGCAGUUGCAUCAUACUCAAGAGCAAUCACGUUGCUUACGUUUAUUAUGGUGGAAGCAAUAUCACUACCAUUAAAUCCACCAUUUUCACUCUCUCCUCCUGAUCAGCAACGGAUCCACAGAUACGUCAUCAAUUUGAGAAGUCAUAUAAACAUGCCUCGUGUGGCAGAAAGAACUCACUGACAAACUAAUGAAUCUUCCAAUGAUUACGACUCAAGUGACUGCCCAUGGUAUUACUUACUGAGGAAACCCAUCAUCUUGGAUCAUCUCUAAUCACAAAGCCUGUCAUUGUUUGUCAGACAUUCGUAUUCUAAUCAGGUCUUCUUUUAGAGGUGACAAAGCUCAUUCAUGGGUAGUGGAGGUCCGUCAAAUUUUGGUUACAAAGCUGCUCAUAUGGAAAUGAAUGUACAUAAUCUGUCUUUAUCUUGAUAGGUUGUGCAAAAAAACUAGAAACUGUACAGAUAAGUCGCCAUCAAUAUCAAGUUGAAAUUUAGUUUAUUAUUAUUGUUGAACACUUGGUCUGGUAAAGUUUCUACUGGUGGGUGCUAUUUAGAUGUUCAUUCCGGUUUCUGGUUCAUAUCAUGUUUGGAUCUGAUUACUAACAUGAGUUGAAUCAGUUUUUUCUGCUCUUCUCAAAGGCAAUUCAAGCAGGCUUCGGCACUAUCAGAUUGUGUUAUCUCAACACAGGCAUGGUGAAUUUAUGUUUCUGGUCCUGAAUGGCGUGUCUAUGCAUGAUAGAGCCCUCUGAAAGGUGUUACUCUUGGUAUGUUCCCUUGUAAUUUCAGAUGGUGUUGCUCUUGACACAUUCCCAAUGUUCAAAGCUUCCAUCAUUACUUGCUU